GAAGUACCCAACAUCAACAGCGAGCGAGAGAGAGAGAGGGGGUUGAUUGAUUCAAUGGCGGAAGAUUUGGUGUUAGACACAGCGAUCAGAGACUGGGUGCUGAUCCCUCUAUCGGUGGUGAUGGUUCUGAUCGGAGUUCUUCGCUACUUCGUCUCCAAGCUCAUGCGCUCUUCUCAGAACCCCGAUGCCAAGAUCGUCAAAGAAGGGCAGGUUAUAAUUAGGGCUAGAAAUCUACGAGCUGGCGCGAAUUUCAUUCCUGCUAAGUCGUUUCGAGCUCGUAGGGCUUACUUCAGCAACGAGGAGACUGGUUUACUUCAUGUCCCCAAGGGCCAGGCACAGAAUGCACAGGCACAAAUGUUUUCUGAUCCAAACAUGGCCAUGGAUAUGAGUCGUUGAAGUACCCAACAUCAACAGCGAGCGAGAGAGAGAGAGAGGGGUGAUUGAUUCAAUGGCGGAAGAUUUGGUGUUAGACACAGCGAUCAGAGACUGGGUGCUGAUCCCUCUAUCGGUGGUGAUGGUUCUGAUCGGAGUUCUUCGCUACUUCGUCUCCAAGCUCAUGCGCUCUUCUCAGAACCCCGAUGCCAAGAUCGUCAAAGAAGGGCAGGUUAUAAUUAGGGCUAGAAAUCUACGAGCUGGCGCGAAUUUCAUUCCUGCUAAGUCGUUUCGAGCUCGUAGGGCUUACUUCAGCAACGAGGAGACUGGUUUACUUCAUGUCCCCAAGGGCCAGGCACAGAAUGCACAGGCACAAAUGUUUUCUGAUCCAAACAUGGCCAUGGAUAUGAUGAAGAAAAAUCUUUCAAUGAUCAUACCCCAGACUCUUACAUUUGCCUGGGUUAACUUCUUCUUCUCUGGAUUUGUAGCAGCAAAGAUACCUUUUCCACUGACUCAGAGGUUUAGAUCAAUGCUGCAAAAUGGUAUUGACUUGAGCACUGUGGAUGUUAGCUAUGUCAGCAGUCGCUCAUGGUAUUUUCUAAAUUUGUUUGGAUUACGGGGUUUAUUUAGUCUUAUCUUGGGAGAGGAAAAUGCCGUGGAUGAUACGCAGCGUAUGAUGCAAAUGAGUGGAUUUGGUUUUGAUCCUAGCAAGAGUUUGGGAGCUGAGAAAGACGGUCUUGACAUAAUUCAGCACGAAUGGGCCCUGCCAAAAUUUGAGCAGCGAGCCGAAGCAGCAUUGAGAAAAUUUGUGAGCUGAUUGUGGGAAGAUCUGAUUUUCCUUCUGGGUCAGUUUUCCCAUGGAUUUUCAUGCGACCUUCCAUCCCGGUGAAACUGUUUACACCAGCAAUGAACUCUUACCGUGCAUGAUACCAGCAAUAUAUAACUCAGCUCUAGUCGCUUUCUCUCUUAACCUGGUUCUAUUUAGAAACGCAAACUCUGCAGGUUUCUGCCUGUAACUGUAAUAACUUCAGUUAGUCGCCUAAUCUCAGAAUUACAGCGAUUGGCAUGAUGAACUGUUCCCUUAGUUGAACUGCAAUGUACCGAAUUCGAUUGCUUUUUCAAGUCUAUUUGUGUUUGUAA